GGCGCAGCAGUGGUCAGCUCGUCUGGGUGGGGUGAAGUUUACGCAUCUACUAUUCUCAAAUUAGCCAACGGGACCGUGUUAUGGCCGAGUGAAAAGCACCAACAGGACCGAGGACGUGUAACAGCCCGCAGCAGAAACGCGCCCAGGUCGUUACCGGGUAGUUACCGGGUCGUUACCGGGACGUUACACGCGCUGAGCCGAGAUGGGUGAUGUGAGUGAGGGGUCGCUGCUGGACUACUUCUACACCACCGGAGGAAAUUCGGGCAGAGUCAAAAAUGCAGACAUGCUGAGAACAUUUAAGCCUUUUAUUGGCCACAGUGACUUACACUUACGUGCUAAAUACCGAGAGGAAUUCAAGCUCAUUAUUGACAGAAUCGCUGUGGUGAAGUCAGAGAAUGGUGAGAAGUACCUCGUCCUAAAGAAGAAAUACAGGCAGCUACUACAAGAGCGGGACACCAAGCAUCACGGGACAGACGGGGCCAGAACAACGGCCACUGUACAAUGGGACGCGUCGGCUGUCUCGACUUAUUCACCGCACCACAAGCAACAACAGGAUGAGCUGAUGUCAUGUGGAGAGCCCAGCAGCACUGCAGAGGACCAGCAGACAGGAACACACAGCAUGCAGCAUGUUCUACCGCAGCCUCCCGCCAUCCAGAUCCAGGAACCCUCAGCACAAAGCAACAGGGAGGAUGAGCUGGACAAAGAUUCGGGGUCAAAGUCAGAGUCGGAGCAAGACGAGGAGGGUACGAGCAGCAUGGGCUCCGUUGCUGUUGCUCUGGAUCCUAUAGAGAAGGAGUGGAUCUAUUCUGCUGCGGGUGCACGAGUCCCUGACCUCUCUCAGUUGCUCAGACAGGACCCCUCACUGGCAAACAAGAAGGAAUUCACCUCAUUUACAGCUCUGCACUGGGCUGCCAAACAUGGCAACGAGGACAUGGCCACUCUGGUGGUUAAUGCUGGCGCUGAUGUCAACACCAAGUCACACGGGGGGUACACACCUUUACACAUUGCAGCGUUACAUGGUCAUCGGCGUAUUCUAGACCUGCUCAUAGGGACUUAUGGGGCUAAAGAAAACUUAAGGGACUACAGCGGCCAUCUUGCCUCCCAUUAUCUGAACAUUAAAGAAGAAGAGGGUCCAGAGGAAGAUUGCGAGCUACCAUUUCAAGUCACUCAGGCCAGAGAGCGGAACAAGAACAGGAAGCUAGCAUCGCUGUUCCACUCCAAGACGAAGUGGGGCUCAGCAGAGGAGCUGGCUCCGAUAGAGGAGGAGAGGGCCACAUCCCAUCAGCUCGCCCUUCCUCCGUUCAGACCCAGAAAAUUCUCUCGCUGAGGAGAAACACACACUGGGGACAACUUCUGACUCUGCUAACACACUCACUUACACAGUUUCUCUUUACAUGGACACACCUAAUGUAAGUCUCUAUGUACAUGCCUCAAAAAUGUUAAUACUAUGUGCCUAUUUAUUAUGUACACACACAGAGAUGCUCAUACCGCUCCUCCCUGUGCUUACAGACACAUUCACACAUUUCCUAAUGACCCUAAAAGGCUCCUGAACAGAUAUUUUAACUCUGAAUAUGACGUUUGACAGGUGAUGCUCUGCUUGAAGCCUUUAAAUUUUAGAAAAUGCUCCUAAAUGUUACUUAUGUCUUGCAUUCGCAAAUGAGCUUAUGUCACACGUGUUCUUUAAGCCUGCCUUUGUCUGUGACAUGUACACAACAAAUGCAAACUGACAGGACGGAGCUGGUGAUGUUCUACAUUGUUGAAAAGAUCAAAACCAACAACGCCUUGUCUCUCAGUACCUUCUGAUUUACCUAAAGUUCCAUGUCUGUGGAUUUAAAGAUUUUUUAAGUAACAAAUUUAUGCUUUUAUUUAUUUAAAUAAAAGCUAAAUAAUUUCUUAAGCAGCAGCAGCAUUUUCUUUAGAAAAUGUUAUUGAAGUGGAAGUAAAUAUUACAUUACACUAUUAAGUAAAUAUUACAUGGGGACUACUUUCAGUGGCGGAUUUACUGUACAUCAACAGGACGGUGUACAGUGUGUAGAAUCAACUCAAAAUACACUACAGUGUUUGUGUUCCUCUUAAUGAAGGAACAUGUCGUCCUGUGCAACAGCAUGACUCACUGGCGUGUCUUUAAUCAUUUGUGGACAGUAGUGGAGCUUUGUGAUCUUUCGGGUUUGUGUUAUAUACUGUACAUAAUACUUGUUAUGAGGAAACAUUCAUUGCUGGGUUUGGUCUUUUCACAUGUAGAUACAGAAUCUUACCAGACUUGUGCUUUAAAGGGUGACACGGGGUUCUGCAUGCCAUAGCUUGUAAAAACCGGCGCACUGAUGCGAACACUUAGAUGAUGCAUUUGUUAAUUCAAACAUACACUGUCAUGUACUGGCUUUUUUUUUUCCUUUUUCUUGAUAAUUUGACAGAAAAGUUGAUCAUUCUCAGAUAUUGGACAAUGUCCAUGGAUGCAGCAGCGAGGAACCCCCUGUAAUUUGUCUGCUACUCACUGUGUACCCAGGUAUUAUUUUAACUUUAUCAAUUGACUUUUGAACUGACACAAUGGGAAUCUGCCAAAUUCAAAAGGGCUUUUGUAAUGUUCCUAAUUUUCUUUUGUUAUAGAAGAUGCUCAGUGUAACUAACUGUUCAUGACAUGGUGCCAUUGUACAAGAUUUCAUUUUGUAAUUCGAUCCAAAGAACCAGCCUUCCUUACAUCUUCUGCACAUUAUUUAUCUAAUGAAGAGAUAUUGGUAUUAAACUUAUAUCAAACUGUAUAGCUGUGCUUUGUGCCGCUCACUGUUUUGCUCCUGCAUUGUUCACUUCAAACUCAGUAAUAAGUUGUGUGUCGACUCACGUCUCUGGACUGAGUGCCUUUGCUGCUCACACACCAGUUCUCCAACGUGUGAUAAUGCUUUUUUCCCAUUUUAUACAAUAACCCUAGAUUUUAAGCUGCCUUUGAUCUUACUUUAACUACCUGACUUUGUGGGCCACAGAUGGAGUAAAUAUGGGUCCCGCUAACUCUCCAUACGGCUUUAGACCUUAAUUCCUGAUUAGCCGAAAAGGGCAGCACUUGCUUUUGGUUCUUGGAUAUCAGACGACACAGAGGGGAACAGAGGCAAGUGUUUUUGUGCUUCAUUCUUAAAGCGGGGAUGUUGGGGGGGAUAAGAGGGAGUUUUUGUAAUAGAUACUUAUCUUACUGCCCUCAAGCCCUUCAAACAAAGUCCCCCUCUGAAGAGAUUAUAACCCAGGGAGGGCACAUUAACUCUAAUCCAAUGCUUUGAGGCCUCACACCCCCAUACCACCCUCUGCCCCACUUAUUUCAGCCCCUCUGUUGGUGGAGGACUAUCUUGCAUGAGACUACACAUGAGGGUUGUGUGUGUGCAUGCAUGUGUGUGUUUGUGAUCGAGUCGGGGGUCUAGUGAGUGUUUCAAUAGCACGCCGACUCUAAUGAAAAGCAUUGAGGGGUGCAUACUGCUGUGUAACUGAUUCCUCUCUCUGAAGAGAUUAGGCGCUACAUUGUUGGUUCGGUUGCUCAUUUCCAUGAGAGCGUAGCCUCCCACCAGCAGCUGCUUGGCUUUGUUAUUUUGAGUUGGAAAACACAGAGCCCAGUGUCCCGGGCUUCCUCGUUACUAUUGUUUCACAAAUAGCCCAAAAUGUAGAUGUCACGUCACAGAUGCCCAAUAACCUCAUUAGCUGCUUUCUAUGAGGCUACGGAGAGAAAAUAAUGGCUGCAUGAACUUCAGUUUGUUCCAUUUCACAGCUCUCAGUACCUUUUGUUUCACUGGAAAUAUAACAGUGUUGAUGAGCUUGAGAAUGUGUUUUAUUUAGAAAACCAAUUUGUGGAUUUUUCAUCUAGUUUUGUUCCUUUGUUUGCUAUUAUUUGUCACUUUAUUACAUGGAACUGCCUUGUUUUUGGCUCUACGCAUGCAACAGCGAGUUACUGGAACAAUGUCAGUGGAGUAAAAAGGCAUUCAAAGUAAAAA